AUUUUAUUUUAAUUAUUUAAAAAUGAAAGUUAUUGCAGGAAUUUUGAUCAUUGUUGGAGCUUAUUAUGCUAAUGCAAAAUUUCUUGACAUGCAACGCCUUGAAGUCGAUAUUGAUCCAAAGUACAUCAAAGUUUCAUCCCAUUUGCAAAAAGUUGAUAACUUAAAUGUUGUAAAUUUAGAUCUUGACGUUCUUCAAGAAGAAACUGACAUCCAAUAUAUGGCAACAGUCUUUAAAGAGAAUGUUGAUCAUUAUGAAUUAGUCUACAAAUCAGAACUAGUCAGUGGAUGCACUCAUGAUCAAAUUAAUGAUCCAAUUUUGAAGUUUAUUUUCAAGGAAAGCGAAAAGUAUGGAAAUAUCACACAAGCAUGUCCUUUAAAAGUUGGACAUUACACAUUGAGAGGAUUUAAGAUUGAUUCUGAUGAUUUGCCGCAUCAUUUGCCAUCUGGAAAUUAUAGAUUUGAUUUUUCGGCUUUUAUAAAGAUGAAUGGAUUCUUGCAUGAAAUCUAUACUGACAAAUACUACUACAUGAGCUAAAAUAAACAAUAGUUCAAUGGAAA